AAGUGCCGCGGAUGUUCGUAGUUUCCUGGGGUUAGCAGGAUACUACAGGAGGUUUAUCGAGGGCUUCUCGAAGAUAGCCCAGCCACUGACCAACCUUACGAAGAAAGUCGUAAGGUUUGAUUGGAGUCCUCAGUGCGAGGAGAGUUUCCAGGAGUUGAAGAGGAGACUCGCUACCGCGCCUGUCCUAUCUAUACCCGACCCUACUUUGGAGUUCACCAUCUAUAGUGAUGCUUCGAAGAUGGGCUUGGGUUGUGUUUUCAUGCAGCAGGGGAAAGUCGUAGCCUAUGCUUCGAGGCAGCUGAAGCCUCACGAGCAGAAGUACCCCACUAAUGAUCUCGAGUUAGCUGCAGUUUUCCAUGCCUUGAAGAUUUGGUGGCACUACCUCUAUGGAGGCAAGUGUGAGAUCUUUACCGACCACAAGAGCCUAAAGUACAUCUUCACUCAGAAGGAGCUGAACAUGAGACAGCGUAGAUGGUUGGAGCUGGUCAAGGACUACGACUGCACUAUUAGCUAUCAUCCUAGGAAAGCUAAUGUGGUAGCCGAUGCCCUUAGUCGGAGGAGUUAUACCCAGUUGUCUUGCUUAUUCACCAGGCAGGAUGUUCUUCUUCGGGAGUUCGAGCGAUUGCAACUAGAAGCA